UUUAACCACCUUCCGCCCAACAUAUAGUAUAAUGACAGGCGCAAGGUGGUUCUCUCGUUCUGGGAGGACGUCAUAUGACGUCCUUCCAUUCUCACUGCGCAUGCGCGACUCAAGGAGCACGCAGCAUGGCGAUUGGCAGUGCUCUGUGUCCCUCGGACACAGCAGAUCACCGAUCCACGGAAAGAGCCGAAGAUGUCGCUCGUUCAUGUGAUCAGCUGUGUCCAAUCACAGCUGAUCACAUGUAAACAGGGAAAUGCCGGUUAUCAGCAUUUCUCUCCU